AUAAGUGGAGAAACUCAUGUCAUUCUUUUUCCCACUCUCACGUGUUUCUUUUCCUGAAUUUCAUGCACUCUAAUCUUAAAAUCUCUCUCUCUAUCUCUCACUUCACUCAUCUUUUCGACUCUCUCACCCCAAACAAAACCUUUCUUCAUGGCCACUGAAACCUACGCGAUCAAAUACGAGGAGGAACAUAUACUGAAUUCACGAGGGUUGAAGCUCUUUACAUGCCGAUGGCUUCCGGCUAAUAGGAGUCCGAAAGCUUUGAUCUUCAUGUGCCAUGGCUACGCCAUGGAAUGCAGCAUCACCAUGAACAGCACGGGAAUAAGGCUUUCACAAGCGGGUUUUGCGAUGUUUGGGAUUGAUUACGAAGGACAUGGAAAAUCAGAAGGGGUUCCUGGUCUUGUUAUGGAUUUUGACAGCGUCAUCGACGAUUGUUUCCAACAUUUCUCCACAAUUUCUGAAAAAGCAGAGUACCAGAACAAGAUGAGGUUCUUGAUGGGUGAAUCCAUGGGAGGAGCUGUGGCACUUCUUUUGCAUAGGAAAGAACCACAAUUCUGGGAUGGGGCCAUUUUGGUCGCACCCAUGUGCAAGAUUGCAGAAGAAAUGAAACCAAACACAAUGGUGAUUAAGGUAUUGAAUGCAUUAAGCAAAGUUGCUCCGUCGUGGAGAAUAGUCCCAGGCCCAGACAUAAUUGAUAUUGCCUUCAAGGUGCCUGAAGUCAGAGAAGAGAUCAGAAAGAACGAAUAUUGCUAUAAAGGAAAGCCUCGAUUGAGAACAGCGUCGGAACUUCUAAGGAUCAGUAGAGAAAUUGAGGGAAGACUGCAUGAGGUUUCACUUCCUUUUCUGGUUUUACACGGUGAAGAGGAUCAAGUGACGGAUAAAGCAAUUAGCAAACAGCUACAUGAAGUGGCUGAAAGCUCUGACAAGACACUGAAGUUGUACCCAGGAAUGUGGCAUGGUCUGCUGUAUGGAGAGCCACCGGAAAACUUGAAUAUUGUAUUCUCGGAUAUUAUUGGGUGGAUCGAGAAGAGAUCUCAGUUUGGAAAUACAAGAUUGGAGAGAGAGUUGAAAGGAGAAAAUGAACAUGAACAUGAACAUUUGGUCAGGUCUGAUCUCUAGAGAAUUCCCCAACUCUCAUUUCCAAAACAAACCUAGAGAAUAAGGUUAUAGCGCACAACAUAACAUGAACCUGAACACCAGAAUUGUUAGAGCAAAGGGUCGUGUAUAUGGGCCGGUGUACAGUUUCAAAUCAGUUUAUAAAGGAACAAAUGUCUCAAUUUCCUAUUUCAAGAUUAUCACAUA